CUUUUCGAUCGUCGCAACUGUGGAGUAGGUUCUAGCUCAUGGCGUCUGUAUUCCAUUAUUAAGCAUUUUGAAAAAACUAGUCCAUGAGUAAACGAGCUUUAAAUAUUUGCUGUGUGAAAACUGUGCGUUUAAUAAAAUAAUAACGACUCGUAACACGCCGAGUCGCGAGCGGAGUCGGAAAAGUUCGUACGAUCGAAAAUGAAAAAUUGGGAAUCAGAAAGUGUCGGGAAUGUAGCAGCUCCACGUUAAUUAUAACUAUAUAUACAUCUAUAUACGUACUACGAUAAAAAAAAUACACACACAUAAGUACAGAGUUAUACGUAUGUAUAUGCCUGUUUCGGAAAUCGUCUAUAAUGAACGGUGUAGACCGCAAUUCGCACAUAUUUUAUAACGACAGCAAUUUUCAACCAACAGUGCAGUGAAUGAAAAAUUUCAUUGUAGCGGUGAAAAUUCGUUAGGUUGUUUGAAAAAAAUAAAUAAAUAAACUAAAUAAAUAGAUAAAUUAUGAUUUGAAUAAAAUCUAGUUAAUAAUAAUGCAAUGAUGAUCGUUCAACUUCAUUUGUACAUAACAAAUGUACUGUGCAUCUCGAAUAGUAAACAUUUAAGGAUAUUAAUCCCAUUGGUUCCGCUAUGGAUUACUGGUGCUCUGUGCGUCAAAGAUAUACCGUUGUCUCAAAUCGUGGCACUUGUUGGAAAUCCGACGUACUUACCCUGCGAUAUAUCGACGUCCCAUGACGGAGACUCGGUAUUACUCGUAUUAUGGUACCGCGAAGAUCUUGGAACACCUGUGUAUAGUGUCGAUGCGAGAGAUCGUGAUUUUGAAAUAGCUGAAAAAUGGUCGGACGAUGCAGUAUUUUCGAACAGGGCAAAUUUCAUGCCCGAUAGAAAACCAGCAGAGCUUGGAAUCGAUAAUGUCAAAGAGGAGGACGCGGGCCUCUACAGAUGCCGAGUCGACUUUCAAAUUGGACAGACUCGAAACUCCAAAGUCAAUCUGACGGUCAUAGUCCCGCCACAUAAAAUUCAAAUAUUAGACGAUGCUGGAGUUUUGCAAAAUCCUUUCGUUGGACCAUAUUCUGAAGGAGAAACACUGCAGCUAUUCUGCGAUGUUUAUGGUGGUAAACCCACCCCAUCGGUUGUGUGGUACCAAAAUAAUGAAAUUAAAAGCAAUCAAACUGAAAACCUGCACUAUAAUGAUGGAGAAAAAAGAGUCAGAAGUGAAAUAAAAAUAUCAAAUUUACGACGUGGUGAUGUAGGAUCGCAAGUAACGUGUGUAGCAACAAAUAAUAACAAAUCAAUACCUCUUCAAGCAUCUAUACAAGUCGACAUGAAUUUUGGUCCGUUAGACGUCAAAAUAGUAGCUGCAAAUCAACCAUUAUCUGCUGGAAGAAGGUACGAUUUGAUGUGCAAGACUUCGGGCUCUAGACCACAGGCAACGGUGACUUGGUGGCGCAAUGGACAGCGUCUGGAGAGCUUCAAAGAAUCCACGUCGAACGAUGGAAAUACAACAACCAGCAUAUUGUCCUUCAUGGCAACAAAGGCAGAUGCUGGUAAACAUUUGUCAUGCAGGGCUGAAAAUCCAACAAUUGGAAGUGGUCCAAUAGAGGACGGAUGGACGCUAGAGAUAAGAUAUGUUCCAGAGACACAAAUCCAGCUUGGUGCCUCACUUAAUCCAGGAGCCAUACGAGAAGGUACGGACGUAUACUUCGAUUGCUUGAUAAAGGCUGAGCCAGCAGUUUAUAAGGUUGAAUGGCGUCAUCAGGGUAAGACUCUGCAUCACAAUGUGGGACUAGGAAUCAUAAUUAGCAAUCAAAGCUUGGUUCUGCAAGGUGUUGAUAGAAAGAGUGCUGGCAACUAUACUUGCGUUGCAUACAAUGGUGAAGGUGAUGGAGAAAGUAGUCCAUUUUACUUGAACGUAAUGUUUGCCCCAACAUGUGAACCAAAUCAAACAAGGGUUCAUGGUGUAGCUAAACAAGAGAAAGCAAAUAUAUCAUGUCAAGUGGAUGCAAAUCCCCCUGAAGUUCAAUUUCGUUGGACCUUCAAUAAUUCUGCAGAGAGCAUUGAUGUCGCUGCAGGACAUAUUGCUAGAGCAGGAACUCUAUCAAUCGUAUCCUACACUCCAAUGACUGAACUUGAUUACGGAACACUUUUAUGCUGGGCUACUAAUCAUGUGGGAAGUCAACGAGUUCCUUGCGUCUACCACAUCAUUGCAGCAGGACGCCCUGAUAUGGUACAUAACUGCACUACGUCCAAUACUUCAACAAAUUCAUUCUCCGUACGUUGUACCGAAGGCUUCAAUGGAGGCCUGCAACAAUCUUUUCUUCUCGAAGUACGCGAAAGUAACAGUCAGGACUUACAUGCCAAUCUAUCAUCUCCUGUUCCAAGAUUCAGUGUAACUGAUUUAGAGUCAGGAGCCCUCUACCAAGCAUGCAUAUAUGCUUACAAUGACAAGGGACGAAGUGAAGCGAUGGUGGUUCAAGCCGGUACAUUGAGAUUGCCUGAAAAACAGCUUACAUCUGAAUCAGAUAGGCCACAGCAACAUAUAAAGUUAACACCAAUGCUGAGCGUGAUGAUUGGAGUAGUGGCAGCAUUAGUUAUUGUCGCAAUAGUCGUGAUGAUUGUUCUACGCAUUCAACACUCGACUGUAGAAAAUGAUGGGAAGUCACAUACUGAGGUGUACGCCAAAGCCAAUAAAUCAGUUUCCAUUCAACGUGAGCUGAGACUGAGAGAUGGAAACAGUUUGCUGACAGAUGAAAAACACAGCGGAAGCCCAUUUAGAAAGCUCGACUCAGCGGGAGAGUUUUGUGACAGUGAUGACAAAAAUCCAGACAUCAUACCUCAACAAAUUAGCGGUGACGAACCAUCAGAUUAUUUACGAAAAAGACGACUUAUAUCAACGAUAGAAACAUCGCCAUCGCGGAAUUUAUUGGACCACCCUGCUGUAGUUGCAAUUAGCGGACAAAGUAAUUAUGUGGGAUACUGCACGAUACGUAAUGGAAUGCCACUUCAUGAUCUAUCAAAUUUGACGGCAAAACAUAAAACUUUCCAGCCGAUCGUGAGCGAAGUUUAUGGCAGCGGUGUUUGUACACUGCCCAGACAAUACUGGCCAAAUGCCGAAGGUGUUCAGUCAAUGACAAUGAGCCCGCCGGUUCUUUAUACUGGUCUGGGAAUGGUAAGUCAUGCUACUCCUAGUACUGUUCUCCUACCAAAGGAUGCAGAACCCCGAGCUCCUGCCCAAUGUUGUCUCCAAUCACAACAAGAAGCAAUAACGAGUACGCCGUUGGUGUUAUCUAAAAGAGAAAGUUCUGUGUGAUACAUAGUCCCAAGGAAAAAACAAAAGUCGACACAAAAGUGAACUCUGUUGAACAUUAAUACCAAUGUAAUGUGUAAUAACAUUUGUAUUAAAACAAGCCUCAUUUAUUUCAGUGAAUUAUUUUCAUCCAGUACCAUAAUUAUAUUAAAAUCUAUGUUGAAUCAAGUGCCCUUUUGUAUUGAAGGAAACUUAAAAAGCUAUAUUUGACGUAAGUAUAAGAACAGUUGUACGUAAACCAACAUGCAAAUGAAAUCCGCGUACAAUUUCAUGUUUUGUAAAUACAUUGAUGUGGAAAUAUUUUAUACCGAUCACUAGUGCAAUACAUAUUUAUCUCGGCUCAACCACAUCUACAAAUCAAUAGCAUAAUACAUCGAUGAGUCUGUUCGACUACAUCUGAGAGAACUCAACACAAAAUCUGAUAUUUCCAAGGUUGAAUCUAACCAGAUCCGAUCGUAACAAAUCUUCAAAGUGCAUGAGAUAUUUUUCUAAAUAGAAAAAGGCCCAGUUAUUAGUUCAUAGAAAUCUAAAGGAGUCAUCUUUUGUGUAUCUAAUUCUGCGCAUUCGAAUUGAUAAUUGAUAAGCAAGACUGGAAUUAUGUGAAGCAGAAAGAGUAUAAAAAUUAUAUUAGUUUUACAAAGUGAUUCUGCUUUCGUCAUCUGAAAAUCCCUGGAAUUUUCUGGCAUAAAUACUGAUAGUCCCAUGGUUGAUUUUGAUAUUGAAAGACGUCUAUCAACCUUACUCAUAUUUAGCUAAUGUAGCACAAGACACAAAUGCACGAUGUCAAUCUGGUAAACUUACUGUUUGUCAAAUUGACUGCCCUUAUAUGAUAAAUGAAUGUCAAACAAAGAACCAUAUUUCUCUCCAAGUUCUAUUUGCUAAAGAAAUAAUGGUUAUUGAUGGCAUAAAUCAAUCACAUUGAGUUUGACUAGUUGUUCAAUGUAUCAUCUGACAAGCUAUGAAGAGGAAAUCAUGACUCAAAUUGUAUCAAUGUUUCUGAAUUAACAACGAUUCCCAUUAAUCCAUCAAAGGUUCAUCGAGCAAAUUGCUAAUAGGAAUGUGAAUUGUAAAAAUUAUAAGAAAGACACUGCUGAGUGCGCGAGUGUUAAGUCACGGACCGCCUAUAAAAUAAGAUUUUGAAAAAUUAACUAUACUGUACAGUUUAAAUUACAUGUCGCAUUGAAAAUGUGACUCCUCAGAUUUUGUGAUGCAUUAUUGUUGUAGGGAAUGACACAUGUGGUUUGAAAGCAUAGCUUCAAAGAGCUAUAAUGCUUGAUAAAUCUAUAAUUGCAGUAAAAAUCAAAGUGUCAAAGAUGCAUGAGUCCUCAAAAAGGAAUACAAUCUCCAACACUAUGUCUACGGUAUAUAUAUACAUAUAAAUUGUAUUAUUUCACCGUAUAUUAGAGAAGCGCAUGUAAGUAUUCUUGAAAUUGAAAAAAAAAAAAUAUAUAUAUACAAAAUGUGAGUGAAUGUUUGUAAUUUUUCUAUGUCACCAAAAAUUUCAUCGGUGGCCGUAUGUCGUAAUGACAAUUAGUUUCUUUUCCUAUCUCUUUGCUGUUAAUAAAAUAACGAGGUA